CCCCUCGGCCUUUCGUCACCCAAGCCCGGAGCCUUACCCGCAAAAUCCAGUCCAAUCAGCUGCCUGCCCACCCCUGGAAUGCCGGGCCGUGAUUGGCCGGCCGUCUCUAAGGUGAGGCGCAGGAGUUAUUAAAGAGCCCCGGGGCCGGGAGUCGGGGAGCGGAGAGCGGAGCUUGAAACUCACUGGGAACUUCAGUGGCGCUGCGACUUGCCCGAUUCACUCCAGGAACUUUUCUCUGCGGGAGGAGAAGCGAAGGGGUGCAAGCGCCUCGCCUUUGCUCUCUCGCUCCCCCUCCUCCUCCUCCUCCUCCUCCUCCUCCUCCUCCUCCUCUCCAGCUCGCCUCCCCCCACCCCGAGCGGGCAGCUGCGGGCUGGCCACCGCGCGCAUCCCCGAGCGCCCGCCGCCGCCGCAGCCCCGGGACGCGCCAGGCUCCCCGGGAGCCGCUCGCCCCGCGUCCGGGCAGCCGAGGGGAGAGGAGCCCGCGCCUCGACGCCCCGAGCCGCCGCGGCUUCUCGCCUUUCCCGGCCACCCGCCCCCUGCCCCGGGCCCGCGCAUGAAUCUCCUGGACCCCUUCAUGAAGAUGACCGACGAGCAGGAGAAGGGCCUGUCCGGCGCCCCCAGCCCCACCAUGUCCGAGGACUCGGCGGGCUCGCCCUGCCCUUCGGGCUCCGGCUCGGACACCGAGAACACGCGGCCCCAGGAGAACACGUUCCCCAAGGGCGAGCCGGACCUGAAGAAGGAGAGCGAGGAGGACAAGUUCCCCGUGUGCAUCCGCGAGGCCGUCAGCCAGGUGCUCAAGGGCUACGACUGGACGCUGGUGCCCAUGCCCGUGCGCGUCAACGGCUCGAGCAAGAACAAGCCGCACGUCAAGCGGCCCAUGAACGCCUUCAUGGUGUGGGCGCAGGCGGCGCGCAGGAAGCUCGCCGACCAGUACCCGCACCUGCACAACGCCGAGCUCAGCAAGACGCUGGGCAAGCUCUGGAGACUGCUGAACGAGAGCGAGAAGCGGCCCUUCGUGGAGGAGGCGGAGCGGCUGCGCGUGCAGCACAAGAAAGACCACCCGGAUUACAAGUACCAGCCGCGGCGGAGGAAGUCGGUGAAGAACGGCCAGGCGGAGGCCGAGGAGGCCACCGAGCAGACGCACAUCUCCCCCAACGCCAUCUUCAAGGCGCUGCAGGCCGACUCGCCGCACUCCUCCUCGGGCAUGAGCGAGGUGCACUCCCCCGGCGAGCACUCGGGGCAAUCCCAGGGCCCGCCGACGCCCCCCACCACCCCCAAAACCGACGUGCAGCCGGGCAAGGCUGACCUGAAGCGCGAGGGCCGCCCCCUGCCCGAGGGGGGCCGACAGCCCCCCAUCGACUUCCGCGACGUGGACAUCGGGGAGCUGAGCAGCGACGUCAUCUCCAACAUAGAGACCUUCGACGUCAACGAAUUCGACCAGUACCUGCCGCCCAACGGGCACCCCGGGGUGCCGGCCACGCACGGCCAGGUCACCUACACGGGCAGCUACGGCAUCAGCAGCACCGCGGCCACCCCGGCGGGCGCGGGCCACGUGUGGAUGUCCAAGCAGCAGGCGCCGCCGCCGCCGCCGCCGCCCCCGCAGCAGCCCCCGCAGGCGCCCCCGCAGCCCCCGCAGGCGCCCCCGCAGGCCCCGCAGGCGCCCCCGCAGCCGCAGCCCGCGCCCCCGCAGCCGCAGGCGGCGCACACGCUGACCCCGCUGAGCAGCGAGCCGGGCCAGGCCCAGCGAACGCACAUCAAGACGGAGCAGCUGAGCCCCAGCCACUACAGCGAGCAGCAGCAGCACUCGCCGCAGCAGAUCGCCUACAGCCCCUUCAGCCUCCCGCACUACAGCCCGUCCUACCCGCCCAUCACCCGCUCGCAGUACGACUACACUGACCACCAGAACUCCGGCUCCUACUACAGCCACGCGGCGGGCCAGGGCUCCAGCCUCUACUCCACCUUCACCUACAUGAACCCCGCGCAGAGGCCCAUGUACACCCCCAUCGCCGACACCUCCGGGGUCCCCUCCAUCCCGCAGACGCACAGCCCCCAGCACUGGGAACAGCCUGUCUACACACAGCUCACCAGACCUUGAGGAGGAGGCCUUGCACCAAGGGUGGCCGCGAUGAUCCUAGAAAGAACCGAAGAAAUAAAAGAACCAACCAGAAUUCUCCUUGGGACCUUUUUUUCUUUUCUUUUUUUUUUUUUUUGGGUUUUUGUGUGUGUGUGUGUGUGUGUGUGCGCACGUGUGUGUGUGUGUGUGUGUGUGUUGCGUUUUGUUUUCCUUACUCCUUAAAGACACUUAAGCUAAAGGCAACUCCUACCCCAGAUUCCCAAGACAGAAACAAGCGUUUAGCUCUCCAAACGCAUUUUACCACCGUCGUCGUUGCAAAAACCAGUGGCCAGGCCACUCGUGUGGCCAGAUGGACCCGUGGAGUCGAUAAGAAAUGGAACUUGAAAACUUAUUUUUUUUUUUUCUUCUUCUUCUUCUUCUUCUUCUUCAAAGCGAGCAUGGAGGAUAAAUAAGAAUCGUGUGACCAGUUUGCUCAAUCUCUCUGCCUGUUUGGACUUUGUAAUUAUUUUUUAGCAGUAAUUAAAGAAAAAAAAAAGUCCUCUGUGAGGAAUAUUCUCUAUUUUAAAUAUUUUUAGUAUGUACUGUGUAUGAUUCAUUACCAUUUUGAGGGGAUUUAUACAUAUUUUUAGAUAAAGAAAUUAAAUGCUCUUAUUUUUCCAACAGCUAAAAACUACUUAGUCGAACAGUGUGCCCUAGCUUUUCCUGCAACCAGAGUAUUUUUGUACAGAUGUGCGCUCUCUUACAGAAAAAAAAAAAAAAAAAAAACAAAAAAAAAAGCGUGUGUGUGUUGUAUUAACAUAAAAAAAAACACGAAUUUGUGUUAUGUGAUCAGUUUUGGGGGUUAGCUUUGCUUAAUUCCUCAGGCUUUCUGACUCAUGGAGGAGCUGCCUUAGAAAGAAAAAAUAAAGGCCUUAUUUUGCAAAUAAUGGAAGUAAACCAUAGUCUAGAGAAGCAUUUGGUAAGCUUUAUCAUAUAUAUAUUUUUUAAACAAGAGAAAAUACCUUGAGCCUUAAAACCGUGCUGCUGGAAAAUACUUGUGCUCUCUUUUAGUGCAUUUCCUCCUGCAUUUGCUUGUUUGCUGCAAUCUUAAGACGUGAAAACCAAGCAAAGGAGAUGAAAUCUGUUCUGGGAAUGUUUCAGCAGCCAAUAAGUGCCCCAGCACACUGCCCCCUGGUUGCCUGCGCCAGCCCCAUGUGGGACACAGAUGCUAGAGCCCUCUCCCUUAUGCUGUCACCUGUGCCUCUCCGAACACCAGCAGUUAACCUUCAAGACAUUCCACGUGCUAAAAUUAUUUAUUUUGUAAGGAGAGGUUUUCAUUUAAAAAAAAAAAAUCUUUCUCUUAAUUUUUUUUUUUUUUAAUCUUACCUUCUUUAAAAUAGGUUGUUGGAGCCUUCCUCAAAGGGUAUGGUCAUCUGUUAAAUUAUGUUCUUAACUGUAACCAGUUUUUUUUAUUUAUCUCUUUAAUCUUUUUUAUUAUUAUUAAAAGCAAGUUUCUUUGGAUUUCUUGUCCUAGAUUUGUAUAAUAUACAUGCCUUUUUGUCUGUCCUUUUUUUUUUUUCUUUGUUGUUUUGUUGAAAACAAACUGGAAACUUGUUUCUCUUUUUUGUACAAAUGAGAGGUUGCAAAUGUAGUGUAUCACUGAGUCAUUUUCAGUGUUUUUCUGCCACAGAUCUUUGGGCUGCCUAAAUUUGUGUGUGUGUGUGUGUGUGUGUGUGUGUGUGUGUGUGUGUGUGUGUUGACACAAAACAAUGCUGGCAUGUGUCAUGGAUACUCCCCUGCAUGUUCUCUUGGAGAGAGAGUGGAAAGGAGGAGGGGAUCAGCCCACCGAGAGACCUGAAUUCUUAAUUCUUUCUGUGGCUGGAGAGUUUGAGGAUUGCUUUUUAAAAAAGACAGCAAACUUUUUUUUUUUAUUUAAAAAAAGAUAUAUUAACAGUUUUAGAAGUCAGUAGAAUAAAAUCUUAAAGCACUCUUAUAAUAUGGCAUCUUUCAAUUUCUGUAUAAAAGCAGAUCUUUAAAAAAAUAUUUCUGUAACUUAAGAAACCUGGCAUUUAAAUCAUAUUUUGUCCUUAGGUAAGGUUUGGUUUGUGUUUGUGUUUUGUUUGUUUUGCUUGUUUCCCCCCCAAACCUUUUGUUCUCUCUGUGAACUCAUCUUUCCUUUUUUCUUUCUUUUUUUUUUUGUAUAUUAUUGUUUACAAUAAAUAUACAUUGCAUUAAAAAGAAAA